UAGCAAGCUACUGUCUGUUCUGACAUUGACUUCAUUUUGAGAAAGUAAUCAAUCACCUUAAGAUGCAGCUGCCUGUUAGUGCAUUAGAAGCAGGCUUGCUUCGAGCUGAUCUCUCUUUCAGUGCACCAACUCUCUAACUGCACUAGUGUUUUUUUGCAUGGAAUUGGAUUUAGGAGGCAAAUGUUUCACAGCAUUGUCAAGAGUGCCUUAGCAGGGCUCAUCUCUGAGUCUUAAUUAUGUUGAAGUAGAUGUGGAAAUAUAAAAUCCUGUUUAGAAUUCCUGUAUGUUCCAUGGAUGUGCAUUUAGGUGGUAGCUUCUGUACUUCUGUACUACGUCUAGUAGUCAGGAUUCUGGCAGGUAGCUCUGUUAAAGUUUAUUAAGUUCUGUGUGUGAAUAACUCCAUUAUGAACACAAUACCAAUGCUGUGGUUUCAUGUCCCUCUAAGCUGCUGAUUUAUUUUUUUUUCAAGACUAAUCUUCAGUUCUACCUGUUCCUUCAUUGGCUUGUAGCAUGACCUCACACGCUCCAGUGCUGAUGCUAAGGGCUGGCAAGGAAUGUGCAGUUUGGACAAAAGAGGAGGUUGAGAUUGUAUUGAUUAGUUUAUUUUCAAGUAGCAACCACACAGAUCUGCCUGCUUCAGAUUUUUGUGUCUGCUUUCUCCAUUUUCUGCCCUGAAUGAAGAUUUAAACUGUCACUGCAUGGUUAUUCUGGUAAGUUUUCCAGUCUUGAUCUGCAUACUAUUUCAAGCAGUCCAAAACCAUUAGUUCUUUUCAUCUCAAAUGUAGAAAUUCUUUAAGUUGUGGAAAAUUCUUUGCAUUUUGGGGAACACAUUCUUCAUCUGAGGUGAAGCUCAGUAAUUCUGUGGUACAGAUUAUAUGGCCAGAUGUCCGUGGCAGUCAGAUGUGUUUCAGUAAGCUAGAGAGAGAACAACAAAAGAGCACAGUAUAACAAAAUGUCAACUGCAGAAAUUCAGAAAGCACAAAGCUUGAUUUUUGUCAUCAGUCAACUGGUGGCAAUGAAACUGACAGAGAAGAUGAGUAUAUGCAGUACCCAGAAAGCUUGGGUUGUAUGUGAUUAGUUGCUUUCGGCUGUGACAUGAUGUGUAUAGAAGGACACGAUUAACUGGGGCUCCUGAACCUAGACUAAUUACCAAAUGGCACCUGGUCUGGCAUGUGCCAGCCCUGAAGGGAUAUUGUGGAAUAAAUAGAUGAGAAAUGUUCACGUACAGCAUUUGAGGCUGUGGGGCUUGUGCAUGAACUGAGCAUGUAAUAUUAAUAACGAUUAGCGAUUAAGUGUGGGCUUGAUGCUUCCACAAAGUAAUCAUUAAUGCAUAGAGAAAAUAAUGAGGUUGGUACUGUUCAGCUUAAUGCUAGAUUAUUUGGGCUUGACUGUGCACCGAUGGCUGAUUGAUGCCACUGGAAGCUUGGGAUGCCCUGGUUGAGAAAUCUGCCUACAUAAAGUGCUGCUUUGGGAUUUGGGAAGUGUGAGGAAGUUCAGUCCUUGAAAGAGAUGAGACAAACUCUGAAGUGCAUAACAAAUCAGCAGCUGCAGUAGGACCCCAUUAGUAGCUUGAGUCCCCUGCAGUUGUAAUAGGGACUGUUCAUGAAGGCAGACACUAAAGAUGAACAGAUGUUUUCCAGCCCUGUGCUCCAAGUCAUCCAUUUUGUGUCGUUUUCCUUCUAGAAAUUCUAAAAUGAAAGCUUCCCUACAGAAAUGUCUAUAGAAAAUGAGCUCUGAAUAACAGGUGUAUUGAGGACGCUGUUAUUUUCUUCCUAUGUAUACACACUCACCAAAUUGAUGCAGGAAUCAUCUGCCUUCUGGGCUCAUUGCAUACUCAUUAGCUGUGUUUCAAACUGUUUCAAAGGGAAGUUGUCAGUGAUUGGUUGACCUGCCUGUCUUUUUAGAUCAACCGUGUCCAGCAGCCUGAGAGUGGGGGUUAUGCUCCCAGGUUUAAGACCCCUGCAAGUCAGAAUUGGAGGGUAUUUGAUGUUAUACAGUUAUGUUAAAUGUUCCGAGGAAGAUGUUGCCCUUUGCCCCUUUGUAAAGGAUAAAUAGGUUCCCACACAUCUGAGCAAGUUACUGCUCUGAAGAUCUUAAGUUGGAUAUCAGGAAACGCUUCUGUACAGAAAGGGUUGUGAAGCACUGGAAUUGGCUCCCCAGGGAGGUGGGUGAGUCACCAUCCCUGGAUGUGUUUAAAAACUGGAUGUGGUGCUCAGGGACAUGAUUUAGUGGAGGGUUGUUGGAGUCAGGGUAGUAUGGUGAGGUUGUGGUUGGACUUGAUGAUCUUCAAGGUCUUUUCCAACCUGAGUGAUUCUAUGAUUCUAAAAUAUAUCUAGUUCAAAUGUGGUGAAUUAAUUUCAAAUGUAUGUACGCUGAGAGAUAUUAGAUGUUUUUUAGAUGAAAAGGGGGUGCUGAGAAUUGCUUUUAGAGAUCCCAUGAAACACACUCUGUGGCUACAGUUUCUGGACUAGCUGUUACACUGUUACAGCCCUGGGUUGAGCUGCCUGAAAUAAACCCGGACCUGCUGGUUCAAGAGCUAUGUAACUGUAUAACUCAGCACUGGAUUUGUGUUGCUAUACUUUGCCUUUCUAAACACAACCUGUACAAACCCUGUGGUAGAUUAUAACAUACAAUUCCUUUUAAAUAUGCUUGCAGAUAAUUAUCUACUUUACAAACAAUGUAUUGCUAAACAUUGGCUUUUCCCAGGAUGACACUGUAUGAAAAUCAGGUGAUUGUAACGUAUGAAAGCUAAUUAAUUCCUUUCCUGUUCUUCCUUGCUAAUUAUUUCUUUUGUUAGUGUGCUGCCCUACAAAAAAGCCUGGAACUCUUUCCUGUUUGGUUUCCAAAAUGUUGAUGGUCCUCAGUGCUUUGUACCAUGAAUUCCAGGCACACAGAAAAGCUCUUAAUAGUUACCAUGAUUAAUGGGUAAAGUUAAUUAUUCAUAGAUGUUAGCCUGACAUCCCUGUGAGUCACAAAUGUGCAAUCUUCCUUUUAUAUGUGGGAAACUAAAACAAGAUUAGCUCUGCUGGAAGACCUGGGAACACCAAGAACUGGGUGCUCCAGUAUCUAAUGUCAGCCUUUUCCUGGAACUCGUAUUUUGAGAGUAGGCUUCUCAGCUUUCUUUUUGGUGUGAGGUGGCCCAGGAUAGGAUCAGAGGCAUCCAGAAUGCUGAUGAGUGCUGUGAAGUGAGCGACUAUGAAACAUUCUGCCCAGGUACAACACUUCUCUCUACCCUCACUUCUGAAGCUUUGUGCAAGAUAGCAUAAGGACUGUGGGACUGGGAAGAAGAAGCAGAAGACAGAAGUGACUUAGGAGAUUACGGAAUUGGAAGAAGUUUGCAUUCUCUUCCCUAUUCCCAGUCCAAUAUUCCCAGUAUUUUCCACUGGUUUGUUGGUGUGUGUGUGUAUGGUGUUUGUUUUAUUUUUUUCCACAUAUGUAAUAUAAAACACCAGUGCAGUCUCAGGAACAAGGAGCUGAUAUGACUAUGCCACCUUGGUACUGAAAGACCUUGCUGACAGGCUAUAGAGCUGUUCCCCUGUCUUCUCCUUGGCUUCCUCUGCAGCUCUGUUGUGCUCCACCACACAGUAAUGCAAGCUUGACAGGCUAAAAAACAAACACACACACAUCUUAUUGGUGUGGCAUUUAAGUGCUUUAUGCAAAAGGGAGUCUAAUGUGGGUUUUUGCCUUCAUGAGGUUAUCCUCUAACUAACCUACUCUGGUUUAAACAGAAUAGGCAUCACAGCCACCUUCUGUGAGUAAAUACAUGAGUUCAGGUUACAGACUCCCAUUUGCCCAGAGAUUUUGACACUGGGAGGCAAAGACCAGAGCCCAGUCUUUAGAAGGUAAGGACCAAGCUGCUCUGGCUGGGCUGUUUUAGACUUGUGCAAGAACUGAAGUACAACUCAGUCAAGUAAGUGGAACACAGUUCUGGAACCCGUCAGUGCCAGGCUUUAUGAGUUUACACCCUCUCCUGACUUGAACUCUAAAUGACCUGUUUUAAGUGAUGUGUCUGUGUUUAAGCUGAGAUAUGAAGUCUCAGCACAGUGAGUUACUUGUUCAACUACCUUUCCUACAGUAAUGUUCAAAGUAUUUCAGAAAACAGAAGAAAAAUACUUGAUUUCUUUUCACAAUGGCUAGAGAGAAGCUUUGUGCAUAUUGGGAUGUUGUUUCAGUGCUCACCUGCAUUUUUCAUAAAGGCAAUAUAAGGGAGGAAACUGUGGCCCUCAACAGCUGUUUGGUUCAGAGCACGGUGAAAAUGGAGAGCCUCACAUCUAACAGAUUUGAAGUCCCUCUCAGCACACUUUAGCUGUUGUUAUUUAGAGAUGCACUGGACAUAGAAAAGAAAUUCUACUCUUAAGGUGGCUAUACCCCUUCAGAAGUUAAGAGACACAGCUCUACAGUGUUUGCAUGAGAUGAAAGGUUUGGGACUAAACAAGCCCAUGAGGGGAAGUUACAGAUGCAUCUUUAUUUGGUCAAUUAGUUCUAGGCAUCCCUGUGCAUCAGCAUGGGCAGUUUCUCUAUAAAGCUGUCAGAAAGCUUGUAAAUACCCGGUGUUACUUGUAAUUACGUCUCAGACAAAAGGAAUAGCCUGAGAAAUGCAUCUGACUGGUGAUGUUAUGAAACGAGGGCUGAAGUGCGCCAAAGAGACAGUAAUUAGUAUGGGUAUUGUUCCAGGUAGUUUUAGAGAGUGUUCUCACCAUCCCAUGGAACAUGAUGAUAGAACCCUCAGCUGAAGCAGAGUGGCAUGAAAGAGGUAAUGUGUUCAAAAUGGAGCAUCGUUCUGAAAAUCACCUCCAUUAAAUGGGAGGGGGAAAAAAAUACAAAAAAAAAAAAGAAUUGGUAGAUCAUAUAUGGCACAGGAAAGCAAACAGGAAAGUGUAAAUCUGUGAGUGGAGAAGAACUAGUGGUAUUGAGUCUUGUGCUCUUACGUAUGUUGUACGCUUUAGAUCUCGGGUGCAUCCCUUUCUAAACUAAGUGUAAAGCUGUAGGGUAGCAUGUUUGACCACUCUAUAUUCUCUGUAUCUCAGUGUAACUGCAGCUUAUUGCUGGAGGCUGGCUGUGAGUGCCAGGAAGCUUACCUGCUUCUUAAACUUAGGUAGAUGGAGAUACCAUACGAUAAGUGAACUCCUUCCUUGGCUUUCCAUCCUCUCCUAUUAAUCGCAUGCUGGGCUGACUGAAAUCCAGCAGAAAGCAAAUGCAUGCUGACAUUUUUUAUAUCUAAAAACUACAGAUCAGCAAAAUGCAUUUCAAAUUAUGUGUUUGGGUUGUUGUUAUAUUUAAUGAUAAUCUUUGUGUUCUUUUUCUUACAUAUUCAUUUAAUAAUUAAUGCAUUGCCAUGGUUUCAUAUCCUUUCCUUACCAGUGACAACAAGGGCAAGCAAAUCGCUGCCUUUCUAAAUAAGUCUCACAUUAUCAUAUACAUCUAAAAACUUGUGCUUCUAAAUAAAAUAGCAAGAACAAUAAAAAUAUAAAAGGAGGUACGGUAAUGUUGUGAGGGAAUGAAUACGGUGUUCAGGGGCCUGAGCUCAGUGCAUUCCUGUAGACAUCUUUAUUUAAUUCCAACCAUUUCUGAAGAACAUUUUGGUCACAGGAGAGUUUGGUUGGAGGGCCCUUGAGGACCACCUAGUUUCAACCAUUGAAUCAGACAUGAGAUCAGGCUGCCCAGGGCCCUAUCUAACCUGGCCUUGAGCAUCUCCAGGCUGUUCGCUUUUCUGGGCAAUACAUGAAGAUGCCUUCCAGCUCAUCCUCUCUUCAGUAUAUCAGUAGUGGCAUCAUAACACAGCUGUGUCCAUCCCUUUGGUCAGUCAGAGGUUGAGUUCAGGCUGUUGACAUCAUUUUCCAAAUUACAUCUAGUGCUGAGAUUCAAAAUGGUGCUGUGCUAGUGACAGGUGCAGCUCACUUUCAUUAAGCAGUUCACCUGAAUUUAACGCUCUGAGAGUACACAGAGCAGGCAAAAAAAUCUUGCUACCUAGCAUCCUGCAGGUCCUACAGCAUAGUGGUGCCCUGGAUGAACGUGCUGGCUUAGAGCCCUGCUCCAUUCAGCAAUGUUAGCAUGACCUCAUUUCUACAAAGGCUGUUUGCUUUCUGCAUUCCACUCUAAGAGAGAGAAGCCAGCAAAUUUUGAGAAGAUAGAGAAAUGUUUAGCAGGAAAAAUAUCAUUCAUAAUGCUGCUGAGAAAAUGACCUCUUAUUUGGCCUUAUGCAGGAAAUCGUGUGAAGAUGAAGAGGGAUCUAAGCAUACAGCAGGAAAGAUAGAAAUAACUGUGCUUUAAAAAAUAGCAUCCGCAAUUCAAUGAGUAAAUAAAAAGCAAUGCAAUGCAAUGCAAAGCAGGCAUUAAUAAUUCAUGUGACAGUACGUACAAUGGGCAGAAAGUCUGUGAUUGUGUGGGUAAUAAACGAGAGAAAAUGCAUAACAAAGAGAAUCAGUAUUUGAAAUGAAAAUGACCUUAAGGACCAUCAGAGAAUGACCAACCUAUUAAGAAAGAAAUCUCUCUCACAGUCAGAGGCUACUUUCCAAAAAAAAAAAGAAAUUUCUGAGUCAUCAAAAUGACUUGAGAGGAACAGUGGUUUAUGAUCACAAAUAUGACAGUGUCUUUAUAAAGGGCAACUUCAUAAUAAUAUACAAUUACUUCCACCCAUUUGGAAGAACACAUCUCUUUCUACUAUAGAUCAUCUUGUUCUACAAAAGACAAAUGAAUAUAUCCACCAGUUUUGCUGUCAUCAAGCUGUGUGCUCAGGCCAUUUCCCAGCUCAUUUCUUUGGGCUUUCCCUACCCCCAGCAUUUCUUUGGUCACAAUUUGCUUCUGAGAUCCUUAAAGCCAUGCUGUAUGUAUGAUGGCUCCAUUUUCUACCUGUUUUUUCCAAAGAUAGCACAUAGAUUAGUGCCUUACGUUAUGUCAAACGCUUUAAUGAUAUUAAGUUCUUAAUAUCUUACUUGAGCUGUAGUAAAAGAUUUACAAUUUAGUCUAGUCCAAGACUCCAUGAUAAGACAUGGGGUUUGCAGAGGAAGGAUGCAUGCCUUGCUGUUUUGUUGUCUGUGGAAAGGUUCCUGUUAUUUCAAUGUUUCACCCCCCAAAAAUGAGUGGCUUAGGACUCACCACAACCCAACACAACUUUGUGUAACAGCAGGGCUAGAUGUCCCUCUCCUCACUGACACAUGGUCUAGGUUUGUGAUAGUUGUAUUCAUAGGUUUUAGGGGGACACGGCCCACUUGAUAUCCUGAGCUGUAAAGACUCGUAACAUCAUUUGUUUUUGAACUUAAAAAGUAAUAUCUGACCGAAAUAGUAUUUCAUACUCAGUCUCAAGCACAAAGGGAACCAAUAAAUAAAUAAACAAAUAAAUAAACGAAUAAAUGGAUUUGUUGUUUAUUAAAUGGCGAAAAGAAAGCUGCCUGGAGAAAACCUUGCUUUGUUAGCCUCCACUCCUGCUAGGCAGUCAGGUGAAGAGAAAAAGGAGGGAAAGGAGAGAGACUCCGGCCUCACAGACCCGCAUUUUUCAGUCUCCACAUGACUCAGUCAGUUUUAGUAGCUUCUACACACAGAAAGUGCCUCAGACACAUGGUGCAAAUACCCUUCUUUCUCAGCUGCAGCAUCCAUCUUCCCCAAGUAGAGAAGUCAAACCCUGCCUCUGCUCUCAAAGUCUAUUAGCUGCCUGCUCAAAUUAGGCUUGCAGUAAGCAAUGCAGCAGAGAGAUGGUUUUCUUUAAUUGUCCUUUAUGGAAUUCCGAUGAAGGCAUGACAAUCACUAAUCUGAAGUCCUUGAGGAAAUAAGACAAAAACCCUUGCAGAAAUGUGCCCAGGCUGAUCUGAGAUAUAAAGCAAGGAGAACAUUAUGAGGGAUCUGAUUUUUGCCUGUCCCCACCACUGAUUCAUUGAAAUGCUUUCUGCAAGUCAUUUAUGGAGCAUCAGUGUAGUCACUGAUGGAGGAAAAACAAUAUUUAUUUCCUUUCACAGAAAUGUCCCGAGUCUUAGUAACCACUGCUUGUGCAAAUCUUUGGAUGAAAGGAAACAUAAGGGUUCAAAGCUCUUAUUAUAUACUGCUUGUUACACUUUAUAACAAAUGUCAUCACAGUAGGUAGGAAUUAACAUUCCAAAGCCCAGAGGGUGGAUACCUCUUCAUUCCCAUAUAUAUAAAACUCAUUGAGCGACCUUUCUCAAAGCAAGGCCAACUGAAGACGGGUGAGUCUGAAUCCACUCAGAGUAGAUAUUCAGGGGAAGAAGCCUUGAUUUUUGCUUUGAUUUACUGUUUUGUUAUUAUUGCAGUUGUUGUGCUGUUUCUACUUAAGGCUUGUGAUGAUUUCUGUGGUGGGACAGAAAACAAAAUGGUUGAUAACUUGAAAUUUUAUAUGGCAAUUUUCUGCAUGUAGGAGCAGCUUCAAAUCAUAGUGCUAGCUGGGGCCCCAUACGGACUUGCCAUUGAAUUAAGAGUUAUUGGGUCAAGCUGUGCUGAUCCAAUAUUCUGUUCUUGCAAAAAGAAUCACAGAAUCAUAGAGCUGUUUGAGUUGGAAGGGACUCUGAGGGGUGAUCUAGCCCAGGAUUAAUAAUGAACAGGGACACCUACAGCUAGAUCUGGUUGCUCAGAGAAAUACUCAGUGUUAGGGCUCAACCUGAGCUCAGGCAGUGGUUUGGCUACCCGAAUAAGCUCUCUCAGGGCACUGGAAUCUUUCAGAUGACGUGGAUGGACUGUUUGUGUUCAAACAUCCAUGCAGUGUAGUUUACAGUAGAAAGAACUAUUAGGCUGGAGAAAAGGUCAAGCCUUAUUAAAAUCAAUAAGGCAUUUUCAGGUGUUAAUAGCAUGGCAGGAGAAUUGCCUGCAAGGGCUGUGGCAUUGUUUUGUACUCAAAACCCUCUCGGGGAAAAAAAAAGCAUUUGUAAUUUGUAAGACUGCAUGGUUUUAACGUGCUCUGCAGCAAGGCAAGUGCAAUCGAUGCUUUUUUUUUUCCAGUCAAUAGCUAUUAUCUGAUGAUAUUUUGGAAUUUUAUUGAUAAACACAAGAGGCAUUUAUUACUGAAGUGAUUAUCUGCCAUUAUCACACACCUGAAUAUAUGCAGAGGUUUUACUGUAUCAGCAGAUGACAGGCCAAAACAUCCCUGCUGACAAUGGCCACCAGCUUAGUGCUUCCCUCUCAAUCUGAUAAUGAUGGCAUGGUGGUACAAGUGAUAGAGGAGAUGUCCUUCCAAACCAUCUGAAUAGGUAGGAAAUAAGCAAGUGGGGCUCCCAUCUCCUCCCAUCACCACACUCUAAAGCCAAUGGGUGAUGGGAAGGAGCGGGGGAGCUUUUGCCAUGCAUGCUUUCUUCCAGGGCUGCUGAAUAUCAGCUCCAACUUCUUCAUCCUGUGUUUUCAGGUGUCCUGGGGCAGCUGAGGAGAGCCAUCACCAUGGUCACUGCACUGCUCUUGCUGGGCCUUUUGGCCCUGUUUGCUCCAUCCAUGAGCUACAGUUGCUAUGGUGAUAUCAGUGCUCUUCAAGCACCCACAGUUUCCUGCACAGCCGUAAGAGCCCAGGACUGUGGCCCUGCUGCUCUGAGGAGGACGGUGGAAGCGGACGUCAUCCGCUUGAGGAAAUAUGAGGUGCCCAUUAAGAGAGUGGCCAGAAGGCUUUGCUUGGACCCAGCUCUCAUUGCUGCCAUCAUCUCUCAGGAGAGCCGCGCUGGCCUCCUGUUGAACAACGGCUGGGACCAGGGCCAGCAGCGGUACGGCCUGAUGCAGAUUGACAGGAGGUAUUAUCAGCCCUUUGGGACGUGGGACAGUGAGGAUCACAUAAACCAAUGUUCGAGCAUGCUGGUGGCAGGAAUCAACGAAAUGAGGGCAAGGCACCCUGCCUGGAGCUGGGACCAGCAGCUGCGAGGGGGAAUUUGCACCUACCAUGCAAGAGCCGGCAACCUCCAGACGUACGAUGAAGACCCCUGCAGCAGAGAUAACAACUAUGUCAACAGCGUGAUCAGGAGGGCCCAAUACUUCAAGAGAAAUGGGUUCUAGCUCAGUGACCCCCUGCCACCGAGCCUCCACUACAUGUAGACUAGCCCAGUAGUGACAGUAGUACCCAGAGCCUCCCAGGGACCUGGCAGGACUGAUGUGCCUCACAGGGACAACAGAGCACAAUCUGGAGGCCUUUAGAAGUCAGAUAGUGACAUCCAAGUGAUGCUAAAAUGUUGGGUGAGGACGCUCCUUGUAUCAGGAGCUGAACCUGGGGCUGUUCAUGCAUCUCCAGGUGGGGAUGCAAACAGCUCUCACUCAGCAUGGGCUGUGCUGCCCAUGUUCUCUCUUACAAACAGGAGGGAUAACCCCUUGAGUUUUCUCCCCUUUGAUAGUGCUGGCCACUUCCCAAUGAAGAGGCUCCUCUCUGAGUCUUCCAUCACUCCAUACACACCUGUCCCAGGAGCUAUGCCACAGCAUCAGUGCUGGUAACAACCUCAACAUCUUCUCUGCUUUGCCUUUGGAGCAUUUGUGCUGGAACCUGCCAAGUUUAAAAGCAUUCCAGCUUCUGUCCCUCUGUCCUGCCAGUUUGCCUGACUUCUAAUUAGGAGUGGGUAAGCUCUGGGUUUGUAAACUGUUUGAGAGUACUUUUUAAUGUGGAUGGUUCUGGGUGCAAAUUUAGGCUUUCUGGCAAUCAAAAUAAAGAUAAAUGUUGAAUUCCA